GCAGCAAUGUCAGGCCGGGGCAAAGGCGGGAAGGGUCUGGGCAAAGGGGGCGCCAAGCGCCACCGCAAGGUGCUGCGCGACAACAUCCAGGGCAUCACCAAGCCCGCCAUCCGGCGGCUGGCCCGGCGCGGCGGCGUCAAGCGCAUCUCCGGCCUCAUCUACGAGGAGACCCGCGGGGUGCUCAAGGUGUUCCUGGAGAACGUGAUCCGGGACGCCGUCACCUACACGGAGCACGCCAAGCGCAAGACGGUCACGGCCAUGGACGUGGUGUACGCGCUCAAGCGCCAGGGCCGCACCCUCUACGGCUUCGGGGGUUAAGCCUUCGUCGCCAUUUUUUCUCCAUAAAGGUCCUUUUCAGGGCCGCCCAC